CCUGCUCUAACUUUAAUUUCACACGCAGAAAAAUCAACACUAGAAAAUAACAACUCUUAUUAUAGUGUCACAUAUAUCCAUCGAGCUCUGUGGACCUUAUUUGGAUAUUUUUGUGGACGGUUUUCCUCCGAAUUUUGUAUUUUAUUUUUUAUUCUUCAUUCUUGAAUAAUCUUUUCCCAUAAGGACAGCUUGAAGAUUCUGCAAGUAAAAAUGUUGCAAAGCUUCGCGCAGUCGCAGGAGUGGCUUUACACGGAGCCGCUGCUAUUCGACGACGAGUUCUGCCAGAGUUUGAUGAAGGACCUCCAGUCGCUGCCGACACCCCCACAGUCUCCCCCAAUGAAGACUGGGCUGGGCGGCAGCAAGCCUCUGUCCAAGGAGGACCAGCUGAGCUACGUAUCAGACAUCCUGCUGGAGGACCAGGACAUGCAGCUCAACUGGAACUACGACUUCUUCCACUCAGACAACGCAGAGAAAGAGGGCGAGUCCAGCCAGCCAUGCUCCCCUCUGGAGGAGAGCAGCGAGGACUGUCUGUGGCAGUGCCUGGCAUCGGACAAGACCCUGGAGGAGAAGCUGGUCUCCACCAUGCUCAGCUCCAGCCCCCUGCUGUCCGACAUCGACACCAGCAUCUUCGAGGGGAUCGCCAGCUCCACGCUAGACUGCCAAAAUCUGAUGGAUGCUCAGGAGCCCAGUGAAGCCACAUCAGACUAUGGUUCAACCGGUGGAGAGCUGUCCACCUAUUCAUCCAGUGACUCUGAGGAAGAGAUUGAUGUUGUGACCGUGGUACGCUGCCCCUCCAGCCCCUCUCCUCUGUCCUCGUUGGCCGACCGUCAGCAGAAGCAGGAAGAGGAGCAGAGGGCUCUGCAGCGUCACUUCGAGAUCCAGCUGCAACACAACUACGCCGCGCCUUGCCCCGCCUCGCCGCCACCUUCCUCCGCCUCUUCUUCCUCAUCCUCGUCAUCGUCCAACAAGCGCUCGAGAGGGAGCGACGGCUCCUCGCGCUACCACCACUCAUCCCGCAGCUCUUCUUCUUCGUCGUCCUCGUCGCGGUACCACCACCACCACCACCACUCGUCUCGGAACUCGACGGAGACUGAGGACGAGGAGGAGAGGCGGCGGACACACAAUGUGAUGGAGCGACAGAGGCGCAACGAGCUGAAGAACUGCUUCAUGCGCCUGCGCGACAAUGUGCCCGAGCUGUCGCACAACGACAAGGCGUCCAAGGUGGUGAUCCUGAAGAAGGCCAGAGACUGCAUCUACGGCCUGGAGGAGGAGAACCACAAGUUGCAAUCCAAGAGAGACAAACUUAGAGCCAAACAGGAAGAGCUGAAAGCCAGGCUGUCGCAGCUCCGCAGCUAAUGG